AUGGCAAAAGGUCUCUUCGCCAGUCUCAAGGGCGUCGACGCUUUUGGCAAAACCACCGAAGAUGUGAAAGUGAAAACCCGCACCGGUGCUCUCUUGACUAUUCUUUCGGCGGCGAUCAUUCUGUCUGUAACGAUGAUCGAAUUUCUCGAUUAUCGGAGGGUCAAUGUCGACACUUCAAUUGUUGUCGACAAGAGUAGAGGCGAGAAGCUGACGGUUAACAUGAACAUUACCUUCCCUCGAGUACCCUGCUUCCUUGUUAGCGUGGAUGUUAUGGAUAUCAGUGGUGAACUUCAAAGAGAUAUAUCUCACAAUGUCCUCAAGUCAAGGCUGGAUCAAUUUGGAAACAUUGUCCCCAACUCGUUCAGCGCCGAGCUGCGUAACGAUCUCGACAAAAUGCACGAUGUGAAGAAAGACGGCUACUGCGGUUCUUGCUACGGCGGCCUGGAGCCCGAGAACGGAUGCUGUCAGACGUGCGAGGACGUGCGUCAGGCAUAUGUGAACCGGGGAUGGAGUUUCUCCCAACCCGAACUCAUCGAGCAGUGCCGCGACGAGGGAUGGGCAGACAAGCUCAAGGAGCAAGCCGACGAAGGGUGCAACAUCUCGGGACGCAUUCGCGUGAACAAGGUCAUUGGGAACAUCCACUUCUCUCCUGGGCGAUCCUUCCAAACGAAUACACGCAACCUCUACGAGCUCGUUCCCUACCUCCGUGACGAUACUAACCGACACGACUUUUCGCAUACUAUUCAUCAUUUCGCCUUCGAAGGCGACGAUGAAUAUGACUUCUGGAAGGCUGAGGCCGGAAAAGAGAUGAAGAAGAGGAUGGGUUUGAACACGAAUCCUUUAGAUGGUGUUUCUGGCCGGACGAGCAAGGCGCAAUACAUGUUCCAAUACUUCCUCAAAGUCGUCUCUACACAGUUCCGCACCCUGAACGACGCCCAGAUCGUCAACACGCACCAGUACAGCACAACGCAAUUCGAGCGUGAUCUUUCGGAGGGAAUGAACAGCGACUCUCCUGGAGGUAUCCACGUACAGCACGGUGUUACCGGACUGCCAGGUGCCUUCUUCAACUUCGAAAUCUCGCCUAUCCUCGUCGUUCACUCCGAAAUGCGUCAAUCAUUCGCGCACUUCCUGACAUCGACGUGUGCCAUCGUCGGAGGGGUGCUAACUGUCGCCUCACUCCUCGACAGCAUCUUGUUCGCCACAGGGCGUGCACUAAAGAAGACCGGAGGUUCUUCAAGCGGAUUCAGCGGAAAACUUAUGUGA